AACCUCCCCCUGAAGAUGGAAACGCCGCCACGCAAGUCGCGGAAACUGUCUGAGGACAUGAGCUCCACGAUUCGCAUUCCGGCAUCACCAAUGAUGAAGACCCUGGGCUUUGGCAGCGGAGUGAAGGUGUACCGGCUGGACCGUUCUCCCCGACAUGGGCAAAACCGCACGCCAUGGGCCAUCAAGAGAAUCACACAGGAUGCGCUGGAAAAGAAGGACUUGAUCUUCAAUGAGCGCAUCUUGCACGAGGCUAAAAUCUUGAAGAAACUGAAGCACCCAAACAUCGUUCAAUUCUGUGGGCUGGUCACAACGGACGAAGGCUUGAACACCCUGGUCCUGGAGAUAUGCGGCUGUUCGUUGGGCUCCAUGCUGGAUGCGCGCCGCGAGGAGAAUCUGGGGCCGCUGCCCGCCAAACUCACCAACAAAGUGAUCGCAGACGUUGCCCGGGCCCUGGACUUUCUACACACCGAGGCACGGGUGCUGCACGGCGACCUGAAAUCCUUUAAUGUACUCAUCAAUGGGGGGUUCGAGAACUGUAAGCUCUGUGACUUUGGUGUGGCUCUGCCGCUGGACAAGCAUGGCCAGGUGAACAGUAGUCGCGUCUACGAGGGAACGGAUCUGUGGUCAGCUCCGGAGGUGAUUCAGCAAUCGAAGGUCCUGAACAGCAAGGCUGACAUCUUCAGCUUUGGCCUUGUCAUCUACGAGACGCUGGCGCUCGUGCUGCCGCACACACUGAACAUGGAUUUCGCUGAGGACAAGGAGAACCAGCAGACAGAUGGUGACUUGAUAGAAGAACUCUCCGACUUUAAGAAGAGCAGCCUGCUUCUGCCUUACGGCACGCGUCCCGCUUUACCAGUGGCAUUCCAGGUGAGCGAGGAGCACGAGAGCAUCGUCGCUCUGUUCUUCCUAUGCACGAAUACGCCGAUGGAGGAUCGUCCCACUGCUCGUAACAUUCUGCUGAGCAUCGAGGAAGGGGGCAACCGAGCCUAAGUUCAGCUGCAGU